AGAUCAGGGCCGGUGAGUGUGACGGUGAGGGGGGUAUUGGUAUUGCAUCUCGCUGUCGCAUUGCACUUGCACGCACCACCAUACGCCGCACUGCUGAGCUCUACUACUCUACUACUCCUCCUACUCCUGUCUGUACAAACCUGUUCCGGCGUCUGGCUGUACCGCUAGUCUUCUUAACCCCUGGAGCGAGACGGAGGCCUACGGAAGAGAGAGAGGGAGGGAGGGAGGAGAGGGUAUUCAGAAUUUCAGGAGCAAAGUGCACAGCGGUGCUGCCUUGCCAGACAGCUACGGCGCUAGGCUGUGCUGCUGCCGAGGCGGGGCAUUCGUUCCUCCCCAGUACGAGGAGAGGAGGAAGAUUUGGUUGGUUGGAGGGGAGGGGGUGACAAUGGAUUCUUGAUCCCCGGCGCGGCUGGUUUGUUGCGGCAAGCUGAAGCAUUUCGCUCGGCAGUGGAUUCGGCCCAGGAUUCGCGGCUCCCGGGUCAGGAUCUUGCUCUGUGAGGCGAAAUCUGUGCGGGAUUUGAGGUUUCCUUCCUCCAACGACGCGCCCUGCCUUGUUAGGAGUCGAGGACGGAGGGUGUGGAGGAGGAGCGUCAGUUCUUCCAUUGCUGUGCUGUGCCGUUUCUGGGAGUUAUGAGACAAUGAGGGAAGACAUCAACAAGAAGAGCAAGCUCUCCUGGUCGAAAUCUCUCGUGAGGAAGUGGUUCAACAUCAAGACUAAGGCACAUGAUUUCCAUGCGGAUUGCGACGCCGCCCAAGGGAGGGACGGGCAUGGUGAUGAAUGGAGGACCAGCGGCUCAGAGAGGCAGGCAGGCGCCGCCAAGAAAAGCAGAACUGACCGGUCGUCGAAGCGGAGUAGUGUGGACAGAAUCCGAGGAGGGAAAAACGACUUGGAUGCGGCACGCCUCACAGAACUUCAGAAUUAUAGAAUCUUUGCCUCCACAUGGAAUGUCGGCGGUAAAUCCCCACCAAGGGGAUUGAAUCUUGAUGACUGGCUCCAUUCUUCACUUCCAGCUGAUAUCUAUGUGUUAGGAUUUCAAGAAAUUGUUCCUUUGAAUGCUGGAAAUGUUCUUGGCACUGAAGAUAAUCUCCCAGCGAAAAAAUGGGUCUCCCUUGUUAGGAGGACACUGAAUAAGAAUCCUGGUUCAUGCUGCUAUGGUGGCUAUCGCACGCCAUCUCCUGUCCCGGAUCCAGUUGUAGAACAAGAUGCUGAUUUUGAGGGAUCAUCGAGAAGGCACGACAGUUUAUCCUAUUUGCAUCGUCGGUCAUUCAACCUUAGCCGGAGUUUAAGAGUUGAAGGGAACCAUAUGCUGUCACACCCAAGAUUGGAUCGUAGGUUCAGUGUCUGUGACCCAGUUAGCUUGGGAGGCAGGCCAAGUGAUUUUGAUGGGAACUUCCCAUUCAUGGGAUCACCAGAUGAUCAUUGUAUCGAGGAGGAUACAAGCAACGGAGCACAUUUUUCACCCUUCCCAUAUGGCUAUGGUGUCUCUGCACCUAUGGAAGAAAAUGGUUAUCAUCCAAAUACACCGUCUAGGUACUGCUUGGUUGCCAGCAAGCAGAUGGUCGGUAUAUUUCUCACCAUUUGGGUACGCAGCGAAAUAAGAAAUGAUGUGAGGAACCUGAAAGUUUCUUGUGUGGGUAGAGGACUAAUGGGUUAUCUCGGAAAUAAGGGGUCGAUAUCCAUAAGCAUGUCUUUACACCACACCACCUUUUGUUUUAUCUGUUGUCAUUUGACCUCCGGUGAGAAGGAGGGAGAUGAACUCCGGAGGAACUCUGACGUCAUGGAAAUUCUAAGGAAGACUAGAUUUCCACAGGUCCGUGGUGCUGCUGAUGUCAAGUCACCAGAAACAAUUCUUGAACAUGAUCGUAUCAUUUGGCUUGGGGAUUUGAAUUACCGGAUCGCUCUUUCGUACUGCUCAGCUAAAGCUCUUGUUGAAAUGCAUAGCUGGAAGCAACUGUUGGAGAAAGAUCAGCUACGGAUAGAACGGAGAUGUGGGCGUGUUUUCCAGGGAUGGAAAGAAGGCAGGAUUUAUUUUCCUCCAACAUAUAAGUACUCAUUCAACUCAGACCGUUAUUCAGGGGUUCGGCCCAAAGAAAAGCGGAGAACGCCCGCUUGGUGCGAUCGCAUUCUGUGGCAUGGCAACGGUCUCAUGCAGCUGUCGUACGUUCGCGGAGAGUCUCGCUUCUCUGACCACAGACCAGUGUACAGUAUUUUCAUGGCCGAGGUCGAGAGCAUCCGGCACAGAAGGAGAAACGCGGGCUAUUUCAGCUCUAGGAUCGAGGUGGAGGAGCUCUUGCCAAACCCGUACAGUCAUCCGGCGUUUACAGCUUCCAGUCAGAUGGUUGAGAAUAAUCACACUGCACAGAAACUAACAUAAAGGCCAGCCGGGGCCGGGGGGAGUCACGUGCCGUGAUCUCACCACCACCCACCACCUACCGUCGUGGCGACACGCACUUGAAUGGUCAUGGCUCCUGAGAUAGUGAGAUGUGAUUGAGAAUUUAAGGCUGGUGGCUUUGACUUUUGGAAUCCUAGGUGAAGACUGAAGAGCAACCGUUCCUAUCUACCACAGUAUCUUACAUAAAUGUCGGCGUGGAAGGUGAAUCCGUACACGUAUUCAGUUGGAUCUGGUCCGGCAUGGAUUAGUAAUAUGAAAUGUGCAGCUGGCAAUUUCGCUGGUAAACGUUCAUGUGGGUUAUCAGGAACAUAGAAAAGCAAAAAGAAAAGAUGAGACGGGGAAUCGAUAGAUCUGUGCAAGAAGAGAAGCUGCAGAGACAGUGAAAGGUAAAGCGGCGGUAAAAAAAAAAGCAAAAGGGGAAGGUGACCCGGUGCCGGUGCUGCGUGUCUGUUCAUGCUUUUGACCGUUAGUCGUGUCGUGAACUGUGAACAUGGUGGCCUCUGUUCUGCCGCAUGGAUAAGUACGGUCUGGGUCCUGGACUCGGCGUCGAGACGACAUC